AUGCCACGCUUACUACCAUGGCUAACGAAGGAUGAUCUUCGCGAGAACCGUAAUCGCAACACUCCAACUCCGACGCCCGGCACACAACCGGCUUCGCGACGACGGCCUCGUACACCGUCACCAGGAGCAUUGAGCCAUGGCGGUGGUGAUCGCAGGGGAAAGAAGCGGGGCCCGGCGACAGAUAACACGCCUUCGAAGAGUGUUGAUUUUUUGAGAUCUUCCCGGAGUCCGCCCACGUCGCCGAUAGCAUCUCCCCCAACCGAAGAGUAUAUGAUCCCAGGUAUUGAGAAUGACGACAUGUACAUCAUGGUCGAAGACGAAUUCUACGCCAUCGCACAACAAUUCACCCGCCAUCUACAUCACGCCGAAUACAUACGUCGCAAGAAGCAAGCCAAGAAAAUGAACGCAUCCGUUUUGAGGGAGAUGGAGCGCCCGACCGACGGCAAGACGCCGAUGAGUAAGGAGACACUGAAACGGAAGGAAAGUGAACGGCUACACGAGCGGCAGAGGAAAGGGUUGGAGCCGUCUGUGAGACGGCCUGAGGAUAGUGAUGAUGAUCUGGCAGAAGAAGAAGAGGAGGAUGAGGAGGAAGAGAAAGAGAAUGAUCCGUGGUAUGGGACUUCGUUGCAUACAUUCAUGACUAGUCCGCGCAAGAAUAGGUCGCUUGUGGGAUUGGAAAGGAUUAGGUCGAAGACUAGAGCUGCGGCGGGGUUUGGGUCGGAGGUUACACUUGCGGCGAGACCUAAUUCAUCAUCGUCGCGGCUAGGUUCGUCGUCUUUGCAUGCGAAUGCGAAUGCGCUGUUAGUAGAUGAGGAUCAGGCGACUUCGUCGGGAGAGGAUGAUGAUUUGGAGAUUGUGGAGGUGAGGCCGAGUAGACCGAAUGCGUUACCACAGUCUGAAGUGCGGGUGCGAACGAGCACUGUCAAGAGGGAGUCGCCGGAUGUUGAUGUGAAUCCUGUCAUUCAACAAAAUACUAUCAAACGUCGAGAGGCGACGUUCGAUGGCCGACGAACGACUACUUCUGCGGACCCUCAUCAACAACAGCAGCAGCAGCAGCCCGUUAUACAAAAGGAGUAUGUUCGUCCUAGAAUCCCGGAACCUGAAGCGAGAAAACAAGCCUCUACCACAUCUACGAAAACCUCAACUUCUAACAUACCCAGAAAAAGAAGAUUUCUGGAUGAAUUGGAUGAUGUUAUGGUUACACCGAAGAUUGAGAAUAAUGACACGUCAAGAAAUAAGGAUAUAAUACAGGGCCAGCCUCGAAAAGUAUUACCAAUAGCAUCAACAGCAAAAGAAUCUCACUCCACGUAUCGUACAGCACCCAAGCAAAAGCAGCAACAAGACAAGACGGCGAAGAGAUCACGUAUCACUGAUAUCCCAACGUUUUUGGUGUGA